AUGGAUAGGUCUAGCCAGACUCCGAUUUCCGACCGCAGCCCCCACAAGAGGAAGUGGUCGGUGGUGGAGUCGGCCCAGAGGCCUGGGCAGCCAGAGUCCCGACAGCGCUGUGAGCUGGCCCUCCACGGCCUCUCCAGGGCCCGAGACACCCCCGCAGCGCAGAGAAGCGGAACAGAGCUGGUGUUCCGGACCAGGCCCCGGGGCUGGGGCGGGGCUGGCCCAGGCCAGGCCAGGGGGCCCGUGAGGCCCCCAGGGGUCAGCGCGGUGUCCCCAGGCAGCCCUGGCCUCUCAUCCUGCUGGGCCUGGCCUCUCAUCCCGUGGGCGCCCACGGCCUGCUGCCCCCGACGGCGGCGCCUCGGAACACGGCCUCCCGCAUGGAGGCCCCGUCAGGAAAGAGCCCGUGGAGCCUGUGGGGCAGGUCAGCCCAAGUCCGCACCCUCGGUCACCCUGUUCCCGCCCUCCACGGAGGAGCUCAAUGCCAACAAGGCCACCGUGGUGUGUCUCAUCAGCGACUUCUACCCGGGUAGCGUGACCGUGGCCUGAAAGGCAGAUGGCAGCACCAUCACUCGGAACGUGGAGACCACCCAGGCCUCCAAACUGAGCAACAGCAAGUACGCGGCCAGCAGCUACCUGACCCUGACGGGCAGCGAGUGGAAGUCUAAGAGCAGUUACAGCUGCGAGGUCACGCACGAGGGGAGCACCGUGACGAAGACAGUGAAGCCCUCAGAGUGUCCUUAGGGCCCUGGGCCCCCACCCUCGGGGGCCCUCUGGCCCCCACCCCCUCCCCCAGCUCUCCAUGGACCCCUGAGCCCCCGCCCAGGUCGGCUCAGACCAGAGGCCUCUCCUUCCUCCUUGUUCCUGCUUCUCCUAAAUAAAGACCUUCUCAUUUAUCAGCC